UUGAACAUACGUUGACUUCUGAAACAACCUUCUCCAAUUUAUAUAUAUAUAUAUGUGAUAUUGCGUUUGCUGUGAAUGAUAGCUAGCUAUGGAUUCAAAAUCCUAUAAUUCUUAUACUUCAACCAUUAACGAGCGAUGGAAGGUUUGUAUAUUUGUAAGCUUCUUAGGUUGCUUCAUGCUUCUUUUGUGUCUUCGUCGUCCCAACCAACAUUUCACUUCUUCAACCUCCUCUAACCUCCCAUCUUCGGCCACUAAUAUCCCACCAACAAUUUUUACUAAAAAUGGAUCACAAAUAUUGAACCAGACAAGAUUUUCGGUCACUAAUAUCCCACCAACAAUUUUUACUAAAAAUGGAUCACAAAUAUUGAACCAGACAACGGCCACGAAGGUGGAGAACAAGUACUGUAACAUAUUUGACGGAAAAUGGUUGUACAAUCCGAUGCAAAAACCAUCAUAUGAUAAGUCCAAAUGUCCAUUUCUUAGCAAUCAGGUGAGCUGCCAGAGGAACGGAAGGCCAGAUUCCUACUAUGAGAGUUGGAGUUGGGAAGCGAAGGAUUGUCAGAUUCCAAGGUUUAAUGGGACAGAAAUGUUAGAGAGACUGAGAGGAAAGAGAGUGAUCAUAGUUGGAGAUUCCCUUAACAGAAACCAAUGGGAGUCUCUUGCUUGUCUCCUCUACUCUGCUAUUCCUCCCUCAAGGGCUAUUGUCAACUAUCAAAAGGGUGACUACAAAGUCUUCACCGCAAAAGACUACAAUUGUAGUGUGGAGUUCUACUGGAGCCCAUUUCUUGUGGAACUAUACACAGACCAAACCAAUGGCACUAAAGUUUUGAGGCUAGAUGAAAUUGUGACCAUGGCUCACCGUUGGCAAGGGGCCGACCUUAUGGUAUUCAACACCGGUCAUUGGUGGGUGCACCUCCGAAAGUGGGACUUGUUUGAACGCAACGGAAGAUUGGUAGAGGAUAUUGAAUUAAUCUCCGCACUUGAAAUGGCCAUGAAGACUUGGGCAAAAUGGGUUGAUAGUAAUGUGGAUUCAACCAAAACUAGUGUGUUUUUCAGGAGCAUUUCGCCUGAACACAAAGGGAAGAAUUGGUGCUACAAUCAAACCAAACCCAUCAUGGAUGAGUCCUAUGAGCCAAUAUUUCCAAAGCCUGUGAUUGAGGUUGUCGAGAGGACAAUCAGUGAAAUGAGGACACCGGUGAAGUACUUGAACAUCACCAAGCUAUCGCAGUACCGGAAAGAUGCACAUCCAACGUUGUACGGUACAAAGAAAGGGAAGCCCAGGUCUUUCUCCGAUUGCAGCCAUUGGUGCCUGCCGGGGCUGCCGGAUACAUGGAACAGGCUAUUGUUUGCACAUCUGGCGCUUGACACCUCUAGCGACAGUGCGAGUUCGUCACAUGUGAUUGUUUGAUCCUCAUUGAUUGUUUUUGUUUUGCACAGGAACAUAAAAUUUAAGAUUCAGAGUGUUCCUGCGACUCAAGAAAUAUAUCGACUCCAUCCGUAGACACUGUUUCAAUUUAAUUGCUUUUGGUUAGUUAUAGCGGCCAGACUAAUUUGAAGAACUUCGGGAUAGGAAUUGGGAACCAA